AUGAAAAUGGAAAAAACAAAAGAGAGUCUAAAUCAAAAAGCGAUAAGACAUCGUGCAAGUCUAACUGCUUUUGAGCAAUUCAGAUCAAAGUAUCGACAAGCAGUCCGAUGUCUUCUUUCUAAAGAACUCGUGCAAAUGGCAAAUCCUCUUCCACUAAAUCAUUCGGAACUGGAAGAAUUACUCAAUUUCGGCAAACGUGCAAGAGGAGAACGAGGCCUGCCUCGCCCACAGAAUCAAUGGGUAUUAUACCGCAAAUAUAAGAAUCUCCAGAUUGACGCUGACAGAUUUGGUCAGAUUACGAAGAAAGUGGCAGUACUAUGGCGCCAAGAGACAAAUUCUGUUAAACAAUUUUUUGAGUUUCUUGCAGAAACUAGCAAACGCGCACAUAAACUAGCUUUUCCUGAUUAUCGUUUUCGACCAGGACAAAACUUUUCCAAAAGAAGAAAGUAUAUGAGUAAACCUAAACAGGUAAUCAACUUCGAAUCCAACAAUAAUGUAAUUGGAAACCAAAUACAUCAAUUUUCUACCACCAAUACAAUCUCGGAAUCUCCUCAACAGACAUAUCCUGAAUGUUGGAAUAGCAAUGAAUUUUUUGAUUUAGAUCUAUUCAACAUGACAUUAAAUUUACAACCGCAAGAAUCAUCAAUACCCUCAUCCAUACCCACACCAAAAAUUGAUAGUUUACCUUCUCAGACAAGUAAUGAACAAGUCGAACCUUGCCAAGAUUUGAUAGUCCCCUCGAUGCAAGAAAUCGAUCGUACUUCACAAGCUUUAAUUGACCUUCAAAACGAAGUUAUUUUGCUUUUGCUUGCGAAUCAGCAAAACUGGUCAUUUAACCCGAACUUUCCAGGGUAUUAA